AUGAAUCUCGCCUUAGUUGAUCCGUUCAUACUCGCCCAGGAUAUCCCAGAUGCCCUGACAGGCAGAAUAAACGGGACGCUGGUCAUCUUCGAUGUCGAGACCAACGGGGUUGCUCGGAAAUUGCGAGGCCAUACUCGUCAAAUACAGUCUCUGAGUUGGUCAAAUGAUGGUCGCUAUCUUCUUAGCUCUGGUCAAGAUUGCAAGAGUAUUCUAUGGGACCUCAGCAAUGGCGAGAGAUUGAGGACUGUGCGAUUCGAAGCGCCGAUUUACAUAGCCGAGCUCCAUCCAUACAACCACCUCCUCUUUGUCGCUGCGCUGUUCGAUGAUCAUCCAGUCCUUGUAGACAUUUCCUCCUCUAUACCUAUUAAGCACACAAUUCCAACUGCACCGAAAAGAGCAUUGUCUGAGAAUGAGGAAGUAAGCGAGAAGCAAGCAGCGCAGGAUGCGAAACAAACCACAUGUGUAACGAUCUUUAAUGCGAUGGGUAGUCACAUCAUUACUGGCACAAGCCGAGGAUGGAUCAACAUCAUCAAUGUUGAAUCACGGUCAGUAAUAAGCUCCACCAGAAUGUCCACUGGCGUCAUCCUCCUCCUUCGCCUGAGUCCAUCGGGAAGAGACCUGGUCUGCAACGCGACCGAUAGAAUCAUCAGGACCUUGCAAUUACCAGAUCUCUCACUUAUGGGCCAAAGCUCCGACUCUAGUACGCUCGAGGUUGAGCAUAAAUUUCAAGACGUAGUCCAGCGCCUCUCGUGGAAUCAUGCAACAUUUAGCUCUACUGGUGAAUAUGUGGCAGCAACUACCUACAUGACACACGAUAUCUACCUUUGGGAAAGAGGUCACGGCAGUCUUGUCAAGAUUCUCGAAUGUCAAAGAGAAGAACUCGGGAUUGUAGAGUGGCACCCUCAACGUCCACUCAUUGCUGCUUGUGGCCUUGAAACUGGCAAAAUUUAUCUAUGGUCCAUCAUAACCCCACAGCGUUGGUCAGCGCUUGCGCCUGAUUUCGUAGAAGUUGAAGAAAAUGUUGAGUACAUAGAGCGGGAAGAUGAAUUCGAUAUACAUCCUAUCGAAGAAAUUCACAAGCGACGGCUAGAUUUGGAGGACGAGGCAGUCGACGUCCUCACCGUUGAGCCAACUAAGAAUGACUUUGAAGAAGAUGUUUUCAGCAUGCCGGUGCUCCUGGAUGUUGGUAACAGCGAGAGUGAAGAUGAGAUGGUUGAAGUUGGACGUGGUGUAAUGAGGCGGAAAAGUCCUGGCGAGGGAAAACAGUGGAUGGAUGGCACAGGGAGCGGUGCCAGUGCUGAUGAAAGAGGAGCUGGGAAGGUCAUAAAUGGCCAAUCCAAAAAAAUCCGCAAAAGAUAA